CAGUCAUACACACACGCAACAAGGUCCACGCAGCCCACCCACGCGUCGCGUCCCCCCACCCAGAACUGACUGCCUCUCACCAGCUUGCUCGAUACGGAAGCACGCAGAGAGAGAGAACCGAGCCAGACGCCCGAAGAUACACACGCGCAGACUGCUGAUAGAUAGAUAGGUUGACGGGGGAAGGGGAAAGGCACACACACACACGCUUACGCACUAAACGCCCUCCCUGGAUGUAUACGACAUGCAGUCCCCAAUUGCAGCCAAACCCACCCAACCGCACAGCCACACUCUCAGCAGCCUCUCGCAAAAUCGGAAAGGCGACUGACUGCAACCACGCCACCAACCAGUCAACUCAUCAAUCGGCUCUCGCCCUCUCACUCUGUCCGCAGCACCAGCUAUGCAGAAAUGAUCUUGCCGCCAAACGACUUGGCAAUGCGCUCGGACAACGAGCCAGUGCCCACGGCCGUCGGCUGUCUGCUACCGCUGUCGUUCUGCCGCGAGCCGCCCGGCUGAUCGAUGAGCUCCUGCUGCGGCCGCUUCUUGUCCGCACCCCCAGUGUGUCCCCCACUGCCCCCGCCCCCCUUUGCCCGCCGCCUCUCCUCCUUCUGGCGGCGCUUCUCGGCCUUCUUCUCGGCCUUCUUCUGCUUGGCCCGCAUCUUGCCCUCUUUCGGACCCUUGCGCCCACCUGCACCACCCGAUGCUUGACCACAGGCCACGGGAGAGGAACCACCACCGACAUCGUGCUCAUGCUCCCCCUCGCUGACGUCGGCCUCGCCGCCGUCGUCAUGCUCCUCCUCGUGCGCACCAUCGGCGUCGUCAUGGUCGCCAUGCUCACACGCCGGUGUGGACGUGGACGCCUCGGUGCUGUCGAGACAGUCAUUUGCGUCCUUCUUACCCACCCCCACCCCUGUCGUCCCUCCACCAACGCCAUCGUGCAGCUCGCUCCCCGACUCGCUGCUAGCCUUCUUGUUGCAGCCCUCGAGCGAGCUGGCAGCGGUCGUGCUGGCCCCCUCGCUGCCCGCCCCAUCAUUGGUGUCGCCGCUGCCCGUGCGCGUGUCGUCUGACUGGGAGGGGAGGGAGGGGGGAGGAGGGGACGCGUCGGAUGAGUCGUCGCAGAAGAUGACCGUCUCGCAUUGGGGGGCCUCUGGUUCCCCCUCCCCCUCAGCUGGACUGCCGGACUCACAGGCAGCAGAGGGCGAUGCCGAUGCCGAUGCGAUCGUGGUGUCCUCUUGUGUUGCGGGGGCGGAGGCGGGAGCGGGAGCGGCGGCAGGGGCGGGGGUAUCAGAUGAUGGGGAUGGAGACGGGGAUGGGGAUGGGGCGGCGGAUGGCUGAGCCGACUCGGCAUCAGCGUCAGCAUCGACUGCACCGUCAGCAUCACCGCUCCCAGCAGCGUGGUGCUCGGCGGUGAGUUUGGCGAUGACGAUCUCCGUGGCCCUCUCUAGGUCGCCCCCCGCCUCACUCAAGCUCGUCUCGAGGAGCGCAUCGUCGUCACAGGCCGUCCGCUUGGACAGCUCCUCCUUGACAAUGGCGUUUCUGUCCUCCCCGCCCUUGUGUGUCUUGGUGGUGGGGUCCUUCUUGUGGUGCUCGUGGGUCUCUUUGUAGUCGAGCAACUCGGCCAUCGUCAGCUUCUUGGGCGGACCGUCGCCCUUCUCGCCCGCCAGACGCACGGAAUCAUAAUGGAUACCUACACGGACAGCCGAAAUGGAAAGAAAUGAGAAACCGCAUCAGCCACCUGAUGCACUGUCACCCUGCCGUGGCAUGCAUCAUACCUGCGUCGUAGCAGAGCUGAACACAGGGGUACUCCUUUGAGAAGAAUUCCAUCUGGAAUGUCCCCAGGCCCUUUUGGUGGAGCAGGCAGUUGACUUGGUACAGGUGGCAGAGCGCAUGCAGCGCCUGCUGGCCGCCCCACUCGGUGUCCACGCGCAUGCGACUCACAUACGCGUCCAGCUCCUCAUCAUCCUGAGGGAUGGGGGAUGGCAGCGCACACACAGAAAUCGGCACACACGAUGCGUCAAGUGCCUGAUGUGGCAGAGUGGCAGUGCGUGUUGUGUUCUUCGGCCGAGAACGCACCUCCAUGAAGGGCUCGAAUUCGCUAGCAUGUGCCUCGACGUAGUCCAUAGCCUUCUGACGAAACUCAACGUGCUCAUCCUGGUCACCUGAACACACACAGACACACACAGACGCAGACAGACACACACAUACACGAGCUGAUCCUGUUUGUGUCAAGACACAGCUGCCGUGAGGCCUACCUGUGAUUUGGUCGGCGAAUGCCCGGAACAGGCAGUUGCCGUCGGGCUUCACUGACCGUAUCCAGAGGCCACAGUCCGCCAGACGGCUCCUCAAAUCACCAAAAUCAGGUCCACUCGAAUGCCGCUGGCGCCUAUUCUUUUUGCUCGCGCCGCCAGACGACCCGCCGCCCUUCCCUCCCCCGCCCUUGUUCUUCUGAACGUGCUUGUUCUUGCCCAUUGCCACACAGGGACGCUCUACGGCAGUUGACGCAUGACGACAGAGCUUGCGAGGGACGAAGGGAGAUCAGGUUGGUCGAAGAGGCAACAGACAGCUAUCAUGCUGAAGAAACACGCUCGCCAGAGAGUCGGACGAAGAGCAGAGAGGGU